GGGAGUGGAACAGAUGUUUGUCUGUGGUUGAGCAUGACAUGCUCUUUGGUUUAUGCAGGCCGCACAGCAGCCAUCUAGACACACGCAAGGCAGCACAGCUGAGCUUUAGGACAUCAUGUGCUUCUGCAGUGACAACUGAAAACAACUAAAAAGUGUUUUCCUGCUCCAACCGGGACCUCCUGUUCCCAGCUGUCCUGGGACUGUGAAUCAUGCUGUGGGGGUUACAAGUCAUGCUUCAUGAACUCUCCCACAACUGACCUCUCCGAACCUCAGAACUGUGGCUCCAUGACACUAAAGAUCUGGGGAGUCCCAGAGAACAGCCAGAGAACUACUGAGUCACGAGUGAAGCAACAUGGAUGCAGUCAGCCAAGUCCCCAUGGAAGUCGUGCUUCCCAAGCAUAUCCUGGAUAUCUGGGUUAUUGUCCUCAUCAUCCUGGCCACCAUUGUCAUCAUGACCUCGUUGUUGCUGUGCCCAGCCACUGCAGUAAUCAUCUAUCGCAUGCGGACUCAUCCGAUCCUUAGUGGGGCUGUUUGAGAGCCUCCCAAGAGGGCUGGGUGAGGGAUGAGGACAGGCAUCCUGUCCCCAGCCUCUUCCUGUCUUCAGAAAAGCAGCAGGAGGGACUUUGGGGCAUGGACCUGAGUUCUGGUUUUGAUUCUGCCACGAGCCAGCUGUGUGAAUUUGGUCAAGGGACCUAACUCUCUGAGUUCCAGAUUCCUUAUCUGUCAAAUGGGGAUGGUGAUCCCUGCCCUUUCUACCUCAUAGGGAUGUGAGAACCACCUGACUUGGUGGAUGUGAAAGCUGUUUGUGAGCAGUAAAGAUACCACAGAUAUAAGGGUGUUAUGCUGAAUCCUGAGAAGCUUUCAAGAACCAGAGAACCUGAUUGCUGAUGAUGGCCUUAAAGGUGGUGAGGGAGAUACUGGGGGCAGAGCAGACUUUGCCAGUGCCCCUCAGGUCAAACCAAGCCAAGAGCACCCUGUCCCCAUUCCAAGGGGCCAGCAGCACUUUGGCCCAAAGUAUUUUCUUUAAGGUGCCAUUCCUUCAUGUUCCUUCAUGUUUUCUCAGUUUGGAGGGUGAUGGGUAGAGCUUUCCAGAACCUUCUCCAUUCCAGAAUCUCUGCCCCUGUGUAAUCUGAAGGAAGGCUGUGCCAUCUUUGGGCACUGCCAAGGGAUUUGGGGUGAUGGGCUUCUUUCUGCACUGGAGUCUCACAUCUGUUAGCUUUGACACUCAAGCAAUGUUGGAAAAUGCAGGGUGACUGAGUUCCCUGCCCAGCUUUCAGGAUCUCUGGCCCCCAUCCCCUUGUGUGUGUCCCUCUGCCCAGCUCCUGCUGUAAUUAGCUCCACGUGUACCCCCUUCACUCCCUCCCACCAGCUCUGCAGCCAGCCUAUGGCAAUUAUAUUUUAAGAGGUGUUCCCAGGACUUUUGGGACCUACUAAAACAAUGAUGGUUAUUUUAGAUGUGAUGAUUUAUAUUUAUGUAGAGAUAUUUCUGGACCACUCAAGCUCUUCGAUACCAAAAUCAGGAGCAUCUUGGGAUUUAUUAAAUUAUGUAAGAAGAUAGCACAGAUAUCGGGAUAUUAUUGUGUGAAAAUGCUGCUUUUACUUUGAUGUGAUCUCAUUGAUGUACACAACCGAGUUCCAAUAAAGUGCUAGAAUGUG